AUGCCUCUCUCUUCUAGGACUGUUGAAAGAGAUUUCCCGUUGAUGGUCAAGUUGAGUAUUGUCCUGUAUUCAACCAAAGCUCCGUCAAUGCUGAUGUUCCUCACUCGUGUCCGACGAGCUGCUGGAGGAGGUGGUGUAUUUGGGGCUGCGGGAGGAGGGGUCGCCGGAGCUGCAGGAGGAGGGGUCACUGGAGCUGCUGGAGGAGGGGUCACUGGAGCUGCUGGAGGAGGGGUCGCUGGAGCUGCUGGAGGAGGGGUCGCUGGAGCUGCUGGAGGGGUCGCCGGAGCUGCGGGAGGAGGGGUCGCCGGAGCUGCGGGAGGAGGGGUCGCCGGAGCUGCUGGAGCUGCUGGAGGAGGGGUUGCUGGAGCUGCUGGAGGAGGGGUUGCUGGAGCUGCUGGAGGAGGGGUUGCUGGAGCUGCUGGAGGAGGGGUUGCUGGAGCUGCUGGAGCUGCAGGAGGUGGCGGGGAAGCAGGAUUGGAUGCAGUUGAGGAAGUGGAUGGAGCAGAAGACAGUCUAGGAGCUGGGGGAGGAAUGCCAGGGAGGUUGAGUCGAGGUCGACGUGAAAGAGAGGUAGUAGGUCUAGAAGGGCGAGAUGUUGAGGAUGCAUGA